CUGUUACGCCUGACAUUUCAAAAUGUUUAUAAAAUCAUUUGUUUGUUUAAUUUUGAGCUAAUCAUUUUCUUGUGCCUUAAAUUCGCUUGUGAGAAAUACAUUUCGCAGAAUAUGUUCUAAUCAAAAAUUGUGUAGAAUAAUAUGUCAUCAUCAGAACUUGGGAAUGUAAUAGAAACAUUCGGUAAGUUGAAAUUUUCGAUAUUCAGCCUAAUUUGACAUCAGUUUGACGUUUGUUUGUACGAUUGCUGCCAAAAAGGUAGCAGUUCAAUGGAGCUGCUAACAUUUUGAUCGAUCUCGUGGAUGGGCACACAUUGUCAUCUAGCAUUACUCCGUCAGAUAUGUCUACGCAAGAUUCAAGCCCCGAGGCCCCUGUCGCUCCAGCUGCCAUCACCAAUAUCUCUCUACCGGAUCAGGAUCUUGUUUGUUCAGUGAAACAACCUCUGUCACCAAAAACUCCAUCUUCCAAAAGUUCCCCAAGUUCCACCAGAAUCUUGGUCGUUGGAUGAAAAAGUAGAAUCCACCGAUUCUGAAAGUGAUGGUACCGAAAGCGUAAAAAUUGCCGAUCCUUCGGUUGACCUGCCAGGAUAUUCAACAGCACCGCAUUGGAUCACACAGGGCGAACUUAAUGACUUAGUUCGGGAAUUAAAUCUGUCAAAAUCCCAGUCAGAACUUUUAGUGUCAAGAUUAAAAGGAUGGAAUCUUGCAUAAUAAACUGCCUUAUUGCAAGAAAACCGUGGGUGACAGAAAAAAUCGAAUGCUAUUUCCGGCUUUUUGGGCAAAAAAUGACAUCUCGCUCGCCAGUAUUACGUGGCAAGUCCGCCUCUCAACGUACCCCCUCCUCCAGUAUCCCAUUGCCUGUAAAGUUCACUGCAGAAAAGGCCAGCGUCCAGAGUGUGGCCAAGAGUACUGCCAGCUCAAAGUUGAGCCGACCAAGCACUGUGGUCGUCAGACACCAGAUCACUCCCACGGGUACAAGCAGUAAGCAUACCUUGGAGGUGCAAUUCAUCAACAAAAAGAAACGAUUGGCACAACUAAAGAAAGACUUACUCGAAAAACAAAAACCUGUGCUGGAUCUCUACCAGAAUUUGGUACAGAUCAAGAAAAAGCUGGAGGAACUGGGAAAACAUGUUCAACUGGAGCAAGUCAAGUUGAUGAAUUACGAUGGCGAUGCUCCAAAGCAUCCGGAGAGUGAUGGAGGUGGUGAAAGCAUAUCGCCCGAGGUAAUAAUAGGAAUGCAGACCUCGAUCGAGGAGAUCCCCAGGACGCUGAUGGAAAUCUGCAAAAACCUUCUGGGUAGGAGGAAUGUUAUCGUUGAGUUGCUGGAGAGCGUCACCAAGUCUGAAGUAGACGUGGGUAGUUUGACGGAGCAGAUUGAGACUCUGAAGCAGGAAGGGCAGCAGCUGCAAAGCCAUCUGGACGUGGUGCUCAGCGAACACCACAGCAAGAUCAAGGAGAUCGUCGCGAAUUGGCAGACGUUGUUGAAUGAUAAGGAUCACGUUAUCACCAAUGCGAAAGUUGGGGAUUUGGAGGAAAAAUUAAAGUCUCAAGAAAAUCUGACCGAGGAAGCGCGUCACCAAAUAGCAGAAUUACAGAAGAAGCUUGACGAUAAGAGAAAUGGUCAUGACAGAUACGUAGCUGAGCUUAAUAAUGUUAUUCAUGGUCUCAAAGAUCACAUACAGAAAAUGGAACAGGAGCUGGAAGCAGAACGCAAAGUGGCAACCGACUUCAAAUCAAGAAACUCCUCGAACGCUCAAACGUCAAAGACGCUAAGGAACAAAGUCACCGAACUAGAAAACGACAAGAAGAACACUGAGGCUCUCAAUAGCGAAAUCAACAAAAAAUUAAAGUUACUCCAAGACUCAAUCAAACAUAAGGAGGCAGCUUGGAUCAAAGAAAAAGACGAUCUCACAAAGAGCCUCAAGCAUCAAGAGAAUCUUCUCCAGAAGUUGACUGCUGACAAAAAUUCAUUUGAAACAAGGUUGGAGACCAUGCAAGAUGACCGCACCAACAUCCAGGACAGGAUGCAAACCAUCAUCGAUGAUCUCACGGGCAAGCUCAACCAAGCAGAAGCUCAACUCGAAGAGGUGACCAAAGAGAAGGACGAAGCCUGCGAAAGAUGCAGAGAAAUGGAGGAACAUAUGUCCAGGCUGGGAAUCCAGAACAGAGAUACCAUGAACGCAGUCUCGAACAGCGUCAACUGGGGUAAAGAAUUCCCGCAAGUAAUAUCCGAAGCGGAUAAAUAUAAUGAGUCCAUGAUGAAGGAUAUCGUGCUCAGAGAACUGAAGGACAGGGUACAAGAUCUCGAAAAAGAAAAUGAGAACUACAAGCAGACCAUUGCAGUAGUAGAACAAAUGCCUCAAUUCCCAAGUGAAACUGAAAAAUCUGUGAGGGUACAACACGAGGUUGUCCUGAGGUACAAGCAAAUGUUAGCUGAAAGUGAAGCAAAAUUAAGCGACAAGUCUCAGGAGGUAGCUAGAUUGACGUCGGAGAUUCGACAGUUAAAAGUCAGACAGGAACAUCUCGAAGAGUUGAAUCAAAAGUGUCCUGCUGAAAAUCUUCAGCGUAUGGUGGAAGAGGGAAGGAAUAAACUGAACGAAAUUAUGAACAGGUCUCUGGAUUCUGAGCAGAAGAUCCUCCAAUGUGAAAACAUCAUCGAAAAGCAAAGCAAGCAGAUCAAUGAAAUGGAGAAUCUGCUGAGAUAUCGUGAGAAUAUGACAGGGGUUCUCAAGGCCUCCAGAGAUGAACUCAUAAUGGAAAAGGAAAGUCUCACCAAAUACUCGCAAGAAAUGAGAAGUGUGUUAUCUGAGGUUACAAGAGAAGGCAAGAUGAAAGAUCAUCUGAUCUCCGAACUUCAAAAGAAGAUUGAGGUUCGUGAACGUCAAAUCAGCAAGUUAGAAAAGGAGCUUCAUGAAGUUGAAGCGAACCUCGUCCUAACAAACGAGAAACGUUACAAACUUCAAGAAACCGUUGGUGCCAUGGAAAAAGAACUGCAGGCUACUAAAGCUCACGUCAAUCAGCUAGCAGACUUGGAUACACGGUACGAUUUAGAGCCUUCCAAAGCGACCCUCGAUAAGCUUGCCUUUGUAAAUAACAUGCGUACUGAACUACGCUCUAUUGCUCAACACAAGAAAACGCCUAGUGGUUCUUUGACACAACUCAAUAGCAUCCAAGAUGUAACUCCAACUAAACACAUAAACUCAUCUUUGCGUAUUAACAAAAAUUGUCUGGGAGAUAUAAAUGCGUCUUUGAUGCAUAUGACUAGCAUACAAGAGAGUUGCAUAGAUUUAUCUUCUGUGUCAGACCUCCCGCGCAAAUCCUCUACCACCUGCCUGCGUAAGCAUAGCGCAACUAUGACUGGAGAUGAUGAUCCCAUUCAAAAUGAAAUCAAUGUUACUUUGAGGCAUUUGGAAAGCAUACAAGAAAAAAUGUCAAUGCCCGAAAUACCAGUACGUCGUACAUUUUGUCCAGAAGAUCGCCUUGAUUUGUCUUCUGUGUCAGAAGCCUCACCCCGCAAUGGGACACAAAAUGUACCAUGCUUGAGUGAUAUAAAUGCUUCUCUCACAACUGCCGAUAAUCUACAAAAAGGCUACUCAAGUUCAAGGGUACUGACUUGUAGUUUUUGUCCAGAGGAGUGUCUAGAUAUGUCUUUUGCGACAAGUACUGCCCCGCAUAGGUUUCCAAGCUCGUGUUCACGUAAGCAAGGUACAAGGAGAAAGACAUCAUUUCAUGAUGUUACUACAAACUGUGGCGAAUCAGUGGCUCCAAAGAAAUUAAACAGUCGAUCACUGAUAGGUCUGUCAUUACAUCAUGUUAACGUGAUAAAAACUAGGCUAGAUCAUCUCAGUAGAAUUAGCUUCUCACCUAUGACUGGUAGAGAAUCUGACAAGAAAUUAUCCAGCAAAAGAUCGUGUUGUUCUCAUUCUUCGUUAAGACCAACUAUUCCCAAUGAAAAUUUGAUAAAAAUAGUAGAGUUAAGCGCGAAGAGAUACGAACUAUUACAAAAGCAAGCUUAUGAAUCAUAUGAGGAACUUACUAACUUGGUGAAAUUGGCAAUGUCUAGACAGCAUAUUGAAUAAAAUUUAUAUCUGUAUA